CAACAAAUAACCGCACCAUUCAUUGCAUUGCAGCCUUCAUAAAUGCUGAGUUUCCCAGUGGGCUGUUUUUUUUGACCCAUUUUUUUCUCCUAUUCCUACCCAUCCACCAAACAUGCCGAAGCCGGAAAAACCAGAGAAAGGAACACCCGAAUAUGCUGCCUAUAAGAAGGCUAAGAAAGAGCGGAAAGAACGUCGCGAACAUGGCCGUUCAAAAAGCUUAACCGUCAAGACUGACCAAAACACGCUGUCCGCUCAAUCUCAUUCACGAGCUGGCUCUGAAUUCUCGUACAUUAGUAGUGUCGGAUCUGGGGCUGAGGAGGAACCAGGAAAGUAUAAGAAGGCGGCAGAGGAAGCAGCGAGAGAGAUAGCUAGGGAGAGGGGGUUAUCAAGUGGGUAUAGUGUCAUCGGAGGAGCCAGUGCAAGUGGGAGCGUUAGUGCAGGUUACCAGGGGAGUUAUGGAGGUUCGGAAUCUUAUAGCCCUGUUUCGCCUGUUUCGCCCGUGAGUCCUUCACCUGGGGGAGCGCGGCAAAAUCGCUCUUAUUCUUCCUCGGCAGUUUCGGUGCCAGCACCCCCACCAGGACAGUACCCGCCGUAUCAGCAGAACCCGUAUCCCGGGCAGUACCCACCUCCAGAUCCCUAUCCACAGCCGCCGGGAGCCGGCCUCGCACCCGCUGGCCAGUACAGUGCCCCGGGAGCAUAUCCAGGAUACGGCUAUCCACCUGGUUACGCUGGUCCUCCUCCACUACCCCCGCCUUCCCCGGGAAUCUACCCCCAAGUGUCGCCAAAUGCACCACCGCCCCACGAUCCACAGUUUGUUCCGCCGCCGCCCGGAUUUGGCGCAGGUGGAGGGGUAUACCCGCCUGGAGAGACACCGACACAAUACAACAAUCCGGAUUAUUAUGCUGAAACGCAGAAUCCGCCCCAAGGGACACAAAAUACGCCGUCUUAUUUUCCCGGACAGGCUGGCAGCUCUGCUAGCCCUUACCCAGCGCCUCACCAGCUUCCAGCACCUCCUCCCCCAUCUCAAUACCCACCGGUUAAUAGCAGUAGCACAGCCGGCGCGUCCUCGAGUAGUCAUGGUGCGGUGUCGGUUCCUCCACCACCUCCUCCAAAACAUGGCUUUCUGGAUUCCUUAAAGAUACCCUCAUUCUCGAGCCUCUCGAUCAAGAACGAUAAGCCUAACCAAUUACCACCGCCUUCCCCGGCCCUUCAACCGUACCAUGGAACUUACCAAUCCAUUUCCCCACUCCCCUCACCAACGCUUUCGCCAUCACCACUCUUUUCUGCCUCCGGGUCAAUUUCCAUAGCAGGCCACUCGCUGAAUAGUGCAUUCUCACUUGGUCCCUCCGCAUUCUCUCCAAGCCCCGGCGGCCAAUCGCUCCAUCAGACCCUAACAGCCCAACACUCCAGCGAAAAGCCCAUAGCAACACCAGUAUACCCUGCUGGUCCUCCGCGUCCCGCAACACCUCCAUACAAUCCAACAGAAGAUGCAAAAGCCCUCCUAUCGGCCCUGAGGCACACAUUCCGUCCACCUACGGGCCCACUGAUAGAUAUUUUACCAACCCUUUCCCCAUCCCAAAUAUUGCAACUUCGUCAGGAGUACAAAUCAAUCUUUAGGAAGGUCAAUAUAGCCAAGCACAUCAAAACCGUCUUUCCAUCAAACACAUAUGGUGGCUUUGGGAAGGUUGCUUUCGCAGUAGCCUUGGGGCCGUAUGAAUCAGAGAGCUGGUUUGCAAACUGCUGGUAUCAGCGAAAAGAGACUCGUAACGAACUCUUGAUUGAAGCUUUAAUGGGAAAAUCCGGCGAUGAGAUUCGGAAGAUAAAGGCUGGUUUCAAGGACGCCAAGUACCUGAACAGUCUCGAGAAAGUUGUGCGCAAUGAGCUUGAAGGGAACAAAUUCCGGUUGGCAGUGCUGAUCCAGCUUGAGGGAGUGAGGAUGGAAGAGAGUGCUGAAGUUCGGAUUGAUAGUGUUAGGGAAGACGUCAAAAAGCUGGGGGAGAUCAUGGAAAGGAAGGAUGCGAGGGGCGGCGAAACAAUAAUGAUUGAGAUUCUGGUUAACAGGAGUGACUGGUGGAUCAGGGAGAUGGCGGGGCAAUACAAAGCCACCUACCAAAGGGAUUUGGCGAAGGCUGUUAUGAGACAUUCUAGAAAUCUUGUGGGAGAAACAUUACUCCAUAUUAUAAAUGGUGCAGUUGAUAAACCUCUCCGCGACGCGAAAUUGCUCGAACAAGCCAUCAUGGCAUUGGUGGAGCAGGGCCGUGAAGAUUUGCUUAUUAGCAGGAUGGUCAGAGUGCACUGGGACCCUUACCAUAUGGACCGCGUCAAGAAGGUUUAUAAGAAGAAAUUUAAGGUGGAUCUAUCGGGAAGGCUUAAGGGAGUUGUUGACGGCGAUUUCGAAAAAUUCUUGCUAAGGAUGAUUAGGGAUUAAAAAUUUCUUCUUCUCCUUAGUGAUGAAGUUAUGGUGUAGUGA